UUGGCAAGCUUGACUUGGUCACUUCUUGGAGAGAAAAUAAAAUUGAAAAAAUAAGUGAAACCAAACCACAACAAACAACUGUAAUUUGUCAAAAUACUUUUCGGAUUGUUGCCACAGUUAUUGAUAAAUUAGUCAGAUAUUGGUUUCAGAGGCACAGGAAUAGAAGUAGACACACUGUAAUAGUUGUCGCUCUCUCCUUUACUUGAUAUAUCGUGUGAAAAUGGAGCUUGGACUCACUAACCUCGAUAAUUUGACUGGCAUUUUACAAAUUAGCAGCGAAAAUAGUUCAACGUUUCGAUUUUUCUUAAUGAUAUGCACAUUUACUUGCAUUCUCGUUAUAUUUAAUUGCUUCAAAAAUUUGUUGAAGGCUUUUGUAAUACAUGAAGCUGUACCAAAGAUAAACCAAAAAAGAUUUAUAAAUGCAGUAUGGCAUGUUAUCUUUUCUACUGUGGUCUUAAUGAACACCAUUAAUAUCAACAUUACUUGGGAUGCCAAUUUCAGUCUCAAGGAUACCUUGAAACAUGCAGCUUUCAUGCCUCAAUGUAACAACAACAUUAUUGUGCAGACUGUAAAACAACAGAAAAUUUUUGAUGACUUUGGAACUGUAGUUCUACCAAUAACUUUCUUCUUGCACCAGUUAUACGCUUCAACUUCGUUAUUUUUGGAGCCAGAUGUGUUAUCAACAGUUUGUUGCUCUCUGUUUAUUUAUGCUUCCCACACACUUAGGUGUCCAAAUCUGUGUUUAAGAGUUUUGUCGCUUUUAGCCCUCGACGUGGGGUCUAUGGAACUUGCCAGAGCCAUUUAUGCUCUAAAAUCAAGGAAAAGAGGAUUUAAAGGCCCCAAAGUACCAUUACUUCUUCGCAUCAUUUCAGUGCCUUCAUUUUUUCUACAUGUUAUUUGUUGGUCAGUCGUUAAUCUCUACUUAGUUCCUAUUCUAUUUCUUUCAUUGCCUGCGGUUUCUGAAAUAGAUGCCAGCUAUCGGUUUGCCACAGCUUAUGUAAAUAUAUUCUUGGUUCUUUUGGCAAAGCAACGACUUUUUGAAUCUCCUGUUUGGUAUUUGUUUAAAAUGCUGGUUACACGACCAGCAGAUUUUAAAAGAAUGCGCAGUUUUCAAACUCUCCCAGUAGUAUUACUCUUACCAUACACAAGCCAGCUCCUACCAGAGCUGAAAGCCAUUCAAAUGGAUUCCCUGCUGAAUGCUAUUCCUACAAGUGCUGAAAGGAGAUUGAUGAGAAAAAAGAUUUUAUCAGCUAAUGGUCAAUCAAGUGCACCCAUGACAGAAGAAAAGGCAGAUCUGUUGAGCAUAAUAAAGUGUGUGAAGGUUCUAAAGCGAAAAAUGCGCUACCGUUAUGAACAGAAGAAUGGAAAUGAGCCAGGAGAAUUUGAGCGCGAAGAUUCUGCCAAUGAUAAAACUGAAAUGACAACUGAUCCAGAUAAUGAUAUUACGGAUAUUUACGUUCCUGUACCUCACACCAGCCAGCAUAAAGAAAUUGCAACCUGUAGCAAUUUAGAAGUUGCAGCAGAUGUUCAUGAAUUGAACGAAGACACAGACAUUGAACCUAAAGAAAGUGCGUCUGGGGAAAUUGAAUCUGGCAAUGAUAGAACUGAGAAUCCAACUGGUCCAGAAAAUACUACUUAUCUUAAUAAUUCUGUACCUGAUACCAUCCCCUCUGAAGACAUUGCAACUUCAAGCAAUUUUGAAGUAUCAAAUGUUCAGGACAAGAAGGAAGAAAUGAACAUGGAACCCAAAGAACAUAUCGAAGAUGAACCAUAGGGAAUGUCUUGAGGUAUAGAUCAAUUAAAAGUGUUUCAGUAUAUGUACCAGCAAGAAUUGAAUUAAAUUCCAAAUUAUGUAUAA